AUGAGGCUCCUGGUAUUCCUUUUGACUCUCUCUUACAGCCUGAUCAACUUGCUACAAUGUGAAGCCUCUGUGAAGCUGAGUGUGCCAGAGGUGGUGAGCCUAGAAAUCAACAGUGUGAAGGAUGUUGAUAUUGCUUUGAGUGCACCCUUGCAGGAGACUAUAAUCAUUACAUUCAAUGUGAGCUUCUCAUCAAAACAAACUUGUAUUGUUCAACUACCUGAGCAAGUAAGAUUACCAGGACACGAUGUAAAUUCAACAAGUUUCACCAUUCGAGGAGUUGAAGUUGGCCAGGUGACUGCCCACCUCCAGACCAACAGCAGCAAACUGAUCAGGGCUCCAGUGAAAAUGCGAUUUCUAGUGGUACACAGCAAUAUUCUGCUGAUAAUAAACCAAGUGAUUGGAUGGAUUUACUUCGUGGCCUGGUCCAUCUCCUUCUACCCACAAGUUAUUGAAAACUGGCAGCGGAAGAGUGUGAUUGGAUUGAAUUUUGAUUUUCUGGCACUGAAUGUGACUGGACACUUGGCGUAUGGAGUAUUUAACAUCAGCCUCUUCUGGAUUCCAAACAUUAAGAAACAAUUUCUGGAGCAUAACCCAGAUGGUGUGAACCCAGUGGAAGCAAAUGAUGUAUUUUUCAGCAUCCAUGCUAUACUAUUAACAACUUUUACAAUCUUCCAGUGCCUUAUCUAUGAGCGAGGGUCACAGAAAGUAUCCAAGAUUGCUACCGUACUAGUGGUGGGUUCAUGGUUGUGUGCGCUUGUCACUUUUAUAAUGGCAUUAGUCCAUCGAAUAACGUGGCUUCAACUUGUCUAUUACUUCUCCUAUAUCAAACUUGGCAUUGUCCUGGUGAAAUAUAUCCCUCAGGUUUACAUGAACUACCAGAGAAAGAGCACAGUUGGUUGGAGCAUCUGGAAUGCACUGCUGGAUAUUACUGGAGGUGCUUUUAGCCUCCUGCAGAUGUUCCUGCAAUCAUAUAACAAUGAUGAAGAGAUGCUGAUCUUGGGUGAUCCAACUAAGUUUGGCCUUGGACUGAUAUCAAUGUUGUUUGAUAUUAUCUUCCUGGUGCAGCAUUAUAUUCUGUACAGAAAGCACAAAGUCUAUAUGUCACUAAAUGAUGGAGCUUCUUCUUUCAGGAUAGGCUAUCCCAAACUGCCAAGUGCUCAGGGGCAAGCAAUAAAUAACCUACUUGUGUGUACAGCAGAUGGCCAGUUCGUUGUAGCGAUCACCAGAAACCUGACCUGUCCUGCCCUCAACCUGUCAUCUCUGUACGUGAAAGAUCAGCAAGAAGCUGAGUGCAGGCCUAAGCUCAUCAGAGGAGCUUGUAGCCUUCCGCUUCCCAAUUACAUCUUGUGGCUCAACCCAGCAGCCUGCACAUCCAGUGCAAGUACAAGGGGGAGCAUGAGGCUGGCUUACAAAUCAAUGUGCCCCUAUGAGGGUGAUGACUACCUGACUGUCCUGCACCCAGUAGAUGCCUCUUCUGGCCUGCAGUUCCCAGCCCAUCAUGAGUGGUUUGAAGUGAAGACCUUUGUUUUCUUGGAUGGAGUGUCUGAGCAGCCCCUCUCUGGACAGGUUUACCUGUACUGCAGUGCUGAGGUUUGCUCUCCCUCUGCUCAGGAUGACUGUACAACCAGAUAUGGUCCAAGAGAACAGCCGGUCUCAAAGCUGCUGAAUGAGAAUGGUGCUGCUGGAUCUCCUGUUGUGAUUGGAGUAGCCAUUGGGUUUCUGGUGUUGCUGUUGGUGGUGAUGGCUGCAGUGUACAGAAUGAAGAAGCCAGCCCUGUCUGCCCAGUGUCACGAGAUUGAACUGUAG